AUGGCCGGCUCCCUGUGCCGGUUGCUGGAACCCCUGAUUGCCCGAUCGCCGCCGCCGCCGCCGCCUGCGAGUCUGCCCCGGGUGUGGCGGAGCGUCGGGAGGCCGCCCUCCGGAGGCCUCGGGUUGGGAAGCCGCCGCUCCUUCGCCCUCCGGCCCCCCCCGGCUGCGCGGCCCGGGAGCUGGGGGGAGCUGGGGCCGGGGGGGCUCGGGGUCGGAGUGGGAAUGGCUUUAGGCUUAGCCCUCGGCCUUCGCCAGCACUUCUCCUCGUGCCUGCGCUCCGAGUGCCGGGAGGAGACCGGGGACGAGGAGGAGGAGGAGGAACGACAACAACAACAACAACAACGACAACAACACAUACCAGUGCCGCAACCUGCAGCUGUGGCAUUUUCAUCGGCCAUAAAGAACAGUCGGGAUUUGCUCCGGCGGAUAAAGGAUGAAAUGGCUGCCCCUGGGAUAAUUGUUGGGGUUUCAGUCGAUGGAAAGGAAGUUUGGGCUGAAGGUUUGGGAUAUGCAGAUGUGGAAAACCGUGUCCUAUGUAAGCCAGAGACAGUCAUGAGAAUUGCCAGCAUCAGUAAGUCUCUUUCUAUGGCUGCCAUUGCCAAGCUGUGGGAAGAAGGAAAACUGGAUCUAGAUGCUCCUGUGCAAAAAUACGUCCCAGAAUUUCCAGAAAAGGAAUACGAAGGAGAGAAAGUAACGAUAACAACAAGACUGUUAGUAUCUCACCUAAGUGGUAUACGUCACUACGAAAAGGAUGUUAACAAAAUCAAAGAACAAAAGGAAAAAAGAAACAAGCUCAUUAAAGUUGGAUCUUCCAUUCAAGAUAGUAAAGAUAGGAAAUCUGUAGAAGGUACAAGGGAGAAACCAGAGGGCACAGAAAAAGGUCAAAGUGAAGGAGGUACAAAAUCGGAAAUUAAGGAAAAUGAAGGAAAAUCUCUUCAAAAAAAGGAGUUUGAACACGAAGAGUACUACAUGAAGGAAAGAUUUGAGAAUGUAACAAAAUCACUGAAACUCUUUCAAGAUGAUCCCUUGGUUUUCAGCCCAGGCACUCAGUUCCUGUACUCAACGCAUGGCUGGACACUUCUCAGUGCGGUGGUGGAAAGAGUCGCUGGACAGAAUUUCUUGGAAUUCAUGAAGAAACUGUUUCGAGAUAUCGGCAUGCUCAGAACUGUGCCUGAAGAACAUGAACCAAUUAUAUACAACCGAUCAAGGUAUUACUUUUACAACAAAAAAGGAUAUCUUAUUAACUGCCCUUAUGUGGAUAAUUCAUACAAAUGGGCCGGUGGUGGUUUUCUCUCAACAGUCCAGGACCUGCUUAAAUUUGGAAAUGCCAUGCUUUACAGCUACCAGUCCAAGCACUUUCAGAAAGGAGAUCAUCGCCAUCUGCCAGGCUACCUCAAGCCAGAGACCAUAAAGAUGUUGUGGACCCCAGUGGAAAAAACGGAAUUGGCUUGGGACAAAGAUGGCACAUAUGCCAUGGGUUGGGGUGUGAUAGAACAAAAGCAAAAGUACGGUCAAUGUCGCCAGCAGCACCAUUAUCUCACACACACAGGUGGAGCAGUUGGUGCAAGCAGCGUCUUACUUGUACUUCCUGAAGACAUCUACACAGCAGCUUUGCCGGAGGAGGCGGAAGUUCCACCACGAGGCAUUGUGGUUACCAUUCUCUGCAACAUGCAGUCUGCCUCACUCAAUAGUACAGCUUUGCAAAUUGCACUGGAAUUUUAUAAAGUCAAGACGAACAAAAAUCAUAAUAUUUAAGCAUAAUUCUGUGUGAUUCCAAGGCUUUUAUAGAUUGAUCUAUGAAAGGAAUUGGAAAACUUUCUGAUGAAACUAAUAUCAUUUUCAACUAAAUAUCUCCAGGAUAUCAUGAAUCUAUAAUGUGAUUUGCACUACUUGUUGCAAUUGCUUUUUUCUAUAUACAUCUUAAACCAGACCCAGUUGAAUCAUGAUUUAACAGAAUAUUUUUCUGAUUUUGCGUAAGUUAUAUGCAAAUGUGGUCUUCAGUGUUUUACAUUAACAAGAACUUAGUCUUGAAUAUUACAAGAUUUUGCAUAGACAAUGGAGUGAUGAAGGGCUAACAAAAACUAAAAGCUAGAAUAAUGUUUACAAGAAGUUCAAAAUAAUAACAAUAAACAGCAAAUUACUUUUGUAUAGUUCCUUUCACGUAAUACUGAGAGAAUGUUUGAUUCUUAUUCAUCUGAUGAUCUAAUUCAUUAUAGUUUUUUUUCUUUGUUGUUUGCGAUAAAGAGCAGGAAAUAGACUCUAAGAAUAGAUGCAACACAUGAAUGGUCAAAAGGACUCAGAAUAUCAUACAUGAAAUGUGAGAAACCAUAUGAAAUGAACUCUUAAGUAAUUUCACUUCAGUGAUGCAGAUUGUAGAGUAAUUUUUAGAUUAUUGAUCUGUGGGUUGGUCACAGCUCAGCCCAGUCUGUCCAAUGUGGCUGAUGUCCACAAUUCUUGCAGCGGAUUCAGAAUUGUGAUCCAGAAUGGAGACCUUCACCAGGUUUUCCCUCGCAAACUUAGCGUACAUAGGUUAUUUAGCUUUUGCUUUGCAUUGUAGAUUCCAUUGGGUGAGUUUUGUAAAUUUUAAUCCUUUGUACAGUGGAAACUCGCUAAUAAAAGUCAGCGAAAGGUCAGGGGAAUUUUGACCAUUGAUAUUGUGUUUCAUGGCAUAGUGCUUUGAACCACCACUGAUAAGAAGUUGAUGUACUGCAGUUGCCGUUGUUCACCUUUAGUGUGCCUUGCAAAUCAUACAAGGAACAGGUGAAGCUGGUUGGUGCUAUCUCACAUGAACUGUACUGCAGAAAAUAUUACCUGACCUGCAACUGAAGUUUUGAAAGAGACGAUAAUUGAAUUUAGUCUAGCUCUCACUGUCUCUAUCUGGGCAAGGUAAUCUAUAACCUGUCUGUGGUCCAGUAUCAGUCCAAAAUGAAUGAUAAUCAAGGUGAAAUGUGUAGAAUACACUGUAGAAUUUAGACCAUCAAUAUGGAAUGGCAGUCUGCACUCGACUGGUGAGGAAAUUGUUAGAUAACUAACCACUUCCAGUUCAACACGUACAGUAUUCAGUCAUUUGCUGCACCUGUUUUCAGUUACUUGCAGAGAUAUUAGCUUUCAUGCAAAUAUCUAUUAUAUUAAAAGAAACUGGAAAGGGUUAUUGAAAGAUGUGUGCUGAACCUUUUCCAUAUUCUGUUAUCUCACCAUAAGUGUGUAAUGUGAAUAAACCGUCGUAUGUCCCAGAAAUACAAGUUUGUUCUUGUCGUAAUACAAACCUCUGAAGCUUAACUCUAUAAUCUUAACUCUGGAACUCCAUCCCGCAGUCCCUGCAUCUCGCAGUCCCUCCAUCUCGCCCCCUCCCUCCCCAACUUCAAGACCAACCUCAAGACCCUCCUCUUCGACCGUGCUUUCGAUCUCCCUGAUUCCACCCCUGCCCUCCACCCUCACCCACCCCGACCCCCAGCUCGGGUCGGUAGCUCCGUGCAGUGCCUUGGGACAUCCUCCCGACAUGAAAGGCGCUAUACAAAUGUAAUUUUGUUGUUGUUAACAGAUGAUGUUCAGACGUGGACUAAAUUUUCGCCAGAAUGUUUCUUCUAAUGAUGUAUGUUUCUCUUUUCCACGAUUUUUUUUCAAAUCAUUUAUCUAGUUUUAUUUGUGUCACAAAUGCUGUUCCACCGCUACCUGAAUUCUACCACCAAUACUGUAUUGCAGGUUCUUGCCAGGUCCCAAAUUUGGUGAUUAUUUAACUCUAUUCUGUAACAAUUACUAGUAGCUUAUUCUGUUGCUAACACUGAAGUAUUUGAUUCACUGCUAUCCAACUGCUUGCAAAAUUUGCGUUUAUAUAUGCUGUAUAUACUUUAAAUAUGGUCAAUCACAUUUCAAAUAAAAUUAUUAAAAA